AUGUAUUUUGCAACCACAGUGUUCCUCCUCUUUUUAUCAUACAUUGCUAUAACACUAUUUAGUAGAACUAAAACACAUAUCAAUCUUCCACCAGGGCCUUCACUUUUUACCCUUAUGCUAAAUGCUUCUGAAUUAGGAAAACAAAAACCACAACACUCGUUAGCCAAACUUUCCAAAAUAUAUGGUCCAAUAAUGCGUUUGAAGUUAGGUCAAAUAACAACCUUUGUAAUUUCAUCACCAGAAAUUGCACAAGAAGUGCUUCAAACUCAUGAUCUCUUCCUCUCAGACCGAACUAUUCCUCAAGCUGUAGCAGUUCUUGAUCAUCAGCAUUUUAGCUUACCCUUUAUGCCAGCUUGCGAUCUUUGGAGAGACCUUAAAAAAAUAAGCAAAAAUCAUUUGUUUUCCAGCAAAACACUUGAUGCAAGUUAUCAACUUAGGUGUAACAAACUUCAAGACUUUUUAUGUGAUAUUGAUAGAAGCAGUAUAAGGGGUGAAGCAGUAGAUAUUGGAAGAGCUGCUUUUAAGACUACAUUGAACUUUUUGUCAAACACUUUUUUCUCUAUGGAUUUUGCUAAUUCUGCUGGUGAAACUGAUGAGUAUAAAGAUAUAAUUGAAAAUCUUGUGAGAGUCAUAGGAACACCAAACUUGGUUGAUUUUUUUCCCGUUUUAAGUAUGUUUGAUCCAAAAGGUAUUAAAGGAAUAUCAUCUACUUUUCUUGAAAAAUUGUUACAAAUUAUUGAUUCCUAUACUACCAAAAGGUUGAAGAUAAGAGAAGGCGAAAAUUACAUCCCAAAUGAUGACAUGUUAGAUAUGCUUCUCAACAUCUCUCAAGAGAAUGGGCAAAAGAUGGACAACACAAAAAUUAAACAUUUAUUUCUGGAUUUAUUUGUCGCGGGAACUGAUACAACUUCCUACAUAAUAGAACGAGCCAUGGCUGAAUUAAUUCACAACCCACAUGUUAUGGCAAAAGCUAAAGAAGAGCUUGAACAAGGCCAAUAUUUUCAAUUCACACCAUUUGGUGGUGGGAGAAGAAUGUGUCCUGGAAUGCCACUUGCUAUACGAAUGUUACAUACGAUGUUAGGAUCAUUGAUUAAUUCUUUUGACUGGAAAAAGGAAAACAGAGAUAGAGACAUCGAUCAACCAUUGCGAGAUAUUCCUAUUAGAGUAAAUAAACUGUAA